CUGAGAAUGCAAUUGUGCCAAAUACAAUUUAUUGGUAUUUUGUGGGUUUCUUACGAAUAUACUUUACCUUCUUGUCAGAGGUGAAACAGGACCUGAUCCUCAUUCCAGCCUCUUCCCAGCAUUUGAGUCAAGUUCAUCAUGUUUGUGCGACUCGUUCUCUUUCUUAUCUUUGUGGCUGGUGUAACAGGAGCUGUUGUGGGUGAUGUACAAUCAGAGGCUACUUGUCACCAAUACAUCUUCCCAAUAUGCAGACGCAAUUAUGCCCCUGUGUGUGGGUCUAAUGGGAAGACCUAUCCAAACGAGUGCGUGUUCUGCUUUGACAAUAGGCACAAUAAGCUUAAUGCUUACAUAAUGAAAGAAGGCAUAUGUUGAAAACACCACUUCAGCUUUUAAAAUAUUCUCUGCAUGUGUGAGCUGGCAUUAUAGUGCAUCCUUUAAUUUUUUUUUUAUUUGAUCUUUUCAUUGUUUUACUUGCAGUUGUAUAUUAAAGUGAAUUUUAAGGCCA